UCCCCCAUUCACCCAGUCCACCCACCCACCAGUCGCGUGCUGGCAUUAAUUCAAAUGUGCAGCUGAUGGUAUCGCGAGCCAAAUCCUCGGUCCCCUAUCCCCAACCCUCAGUAUCAGAGGCCGGACCCCCUUGUAGCCCCAUCUAGACCCCAUCUAGAUCGGAGCCAACGCUAGAUUUGCCUAUAAUACUACACACACGUACGUGUGCUGUGGCGUGGUGUGGUGUGUCCGGUGUGGGCCGAGAAUCAAAUAAAAAUGUACCACAAUUAACAAAAGGUUGUCACUUGCUCGCCGAUGCCCCAGUGCGGAGGACCAUACCCAUCUAAAGUAUUUCUUGUGCGUCUUUUUGUGAAUUUUUUUCUUCGGUUUGUGAUGCGACCCAAUUAGGCAGCAAAGCACGCAAGGCAGCAGGCGAAAAAAUUAACAAAAAUAUUUUAAUUAUAUCAGCUGAUGGCAGAAAAAAGCUUUCACUGCACAACAGGCAAACCCGUUUUCAUAAUUUAAAUAUACCUACCUAUACCUACGACAUAUGAGAGACAUAAUACAUAUAGUAGAGAUAUAGUAAAAGACGGCAGAAAGCCAACGACAGCGACAGCGUCUCGCAUUCGGCAACUUGUUUAUUUCAAAAUUAUAUAUAACAAAAACCAAAAAAAAACCAGAAACGAGUAUCUUAUAAAUAGUGCGCUUUGUUUCGGCACACAACAAAAACAACAACAACAACAACAGCAGCAGCAACACCUCAACACCAACGACUCCAACAACAUUCCAACAACAAUCGGCUCUGCUCUCCCUUGACGUAGGUCAGGCCAAAGCUCUCCUCAAUCAAAAAAAAAAAAAAAAAAAAAAACAUUUAUACAGCCGGCUUUUGAGGGAGCAGACUCGAAGAGUCGAAGAGAGAGAGAGAGAGAGAUUUAUAGAGAGUGGUAUUUUUAUUGAAGAGAACCGGAACGACCCAUGGGUCGCAUCUGAUCUCUGCAGAUGCUUGAAUCAACGACACCGAAAAUGCUCCACUGGUCCCUGAUCGUCAGCGCCCUGGGCGUCUGCGUGGCCGUCUUGGGUGGCUACUGCGGAUGGUCUCUGUUUCCCAACAUGGUCCACAAAAAGGUGGAACAGAGUGUCAUUUUGGCCGAUGGCUCGGAACAGUACAAGCGCUUUGUGAACCUGCCGCAGCCUCUGAACUUCAAGGUCUACAUAUUCAAUGUGACGAAUCCCGAUAUGAUACAGCAUGGUGCCAUACCCAUAGUCGAGGAAAUCGGACCCUAUGUCUACAAGCAGUACCGCCACAAGAAGGUGAAGCAUUUCUCACGCGAUGGCUCCAAGAUCACGUACGUGCAGAAUGUCCAUUUCGACUUCGAUGCCGAUGCCUCGGCGCCGUACACCCAAGACGACCGCAUCGUGGCCCUCAAUAUGCAUAUGAAUGCAUUUUUACAAGUGUUCGAAAGAGAGAUCACAGAUAUCUUUCAGGGGUUCGCCAAUAGGCUGAACUCCCGCCUGAAUCGUACGCCCGGCGUGCGAAUCCUGAAACGUCUGAUGGAACGUAUUCGAGGGAAACGUAAAUCCGUUUUGCAAAUCUCUGAGAACGAUCCGGGACUGGCGCUGCUCCUGGUCCACCUGAACGCCAACCUCAAGGCAGUGUUCAACGAUCCCCGAUCCAUGUUUGUGCACACCUCCGUAAGGGAGUAUCUCUUUGAUGGAGUCCGGUUCUGCAUCAAUCCCCAGGGCAUUGCCAAGGCCAUCUGCAACCAGAUCAAGGAGAGCGGCUCCAAGACCAUUCGAGAGCAGAGCGACGGUAGCCUCGCCUUCUCCUUCUUCGGGCAUAAAAACGGCUCUGGUCAUGAUGUCUAUGAGGUGCACACGGGCAAGGGCGAUCCAAUGAAGGUGCUGGAGAUCCAGAAGCUCGAUGAUUCGCACAAUCUGCAGGUCUGGCUGAAUGCCAGCACAGAGGGAGAGACCUCCGUCUGCAACCAGAUCAAUGGCACCGAUGCAUCCUCCUAUCCACCGUUCCGCCAGCGCGGCGACUCCAUGUACAUCUUCAGUGCGGACAUCUGUCGGUCCGUGCAGCUCUUCUACCAGGCGGACAUCCAGUACGAGGGCAUCCCCGGAUAUCGCUACUCCAUUGGCGAGAACUUCAUCAACGACAUCGGACCGGAGCACGACAACGAGUGCUUCUGCGUCGACAAGCUGGCGAAUGUGAUCAAGCGGAAGAACGGAUGCCUCUACGCGGGCGCCUUGGAUCUGACAACCUGUUUGGAUGCCCCUGUUAUACUGACGCUGCCGCAUAUGCUAGGCGCCUCGAACGAGUACAGGAAAAUGAUACGCGGCCUCAAUCCAGAUGCCAAAAAGCACCAGACCUUUGUCGAUGUGCAGUCGCUGACGGGCACGCCCUUGCGGGGCGGCAAGCGGGUUCAGUUCAACAUGUUCCUCAAGAGCAUCAAUCGAAUAGGCAUUACCGAGAACCUCACCACAGUCCUCAUGCCGGCCAUUUGGGUGGAAGAGGGCAUCCAACUCAAUGGGGAAAUGGUGGCCUUCUUCAAGAAGAAACUAAUCAACACCCUCAAGGCCCUCAACAUAGUCCACUGGGCGGCUCUCUGCGGAGGCGCAGGCGUGGCCCUCAUCAGCCUGCUCUACUACCUCUACCAGAAAGGACGCGGCGAGGAGGCUCCUCUGAAAUAGAGAAAUGGGGAUGUAUCUCCCCAACGGAGAUGGACAUGGAGAUGGAGCUGUAGAUGUAGAUGUACUUGUUAUGCAAAUUAAAUGCUUGUAAAGAUGUAUUUUUUUUGUUUUUUUUUGUAUGAUUAAGUUACUUUCAAGCGUGUCUAUACAUGUAAAGAUGUAUCUGUUAUGCUAUACCUUUUGUCUACGAAUUUGUAUAUAAUUUAUUUUUUAAAUGUGAUUCUAUUGUAUUGUGAUUUAGCCUACUAAAACCUACCAUAAACUA